GAGGGCUCUUCCCGCGGCUGCGGAGUGUGCUGAGGUCACUUCCGGCUGUUUCCGUCCCCUGCGGCACUUUCUGGCCCUGCGUGGGCGGCGUGCCUGCCGUGGUGCCUGCCUCCCUUGGCUGGGCUCGUCCUCUGGGGACUGGAGUGGAAGUUUUGUCAGAUUCUUGUUCUUAUACUACUAAAAUUAUCCCUAACUAAAGAUGCAUCCAGACCUGUCUCCUCAUCUGCACACUGAAGAAUGUAACCGAGUUAUCAGUCUGCUCAAGAAGUGUCACAAAGAGCACAACAUUUUGAAAUUUUUUGGCCAUUGCAAUGAUAUUGACCGUGAGAUGCGGAAGUGCUUAAAGAAAGAGUAUGAAGAAAACAGGGUCAGGAACCAGGAGAUGCGACGAAGACUAAUUAAUGCUCACAAAAACUCAGAGAAUUGAGCUGUACUGUAGUUGGACAGCUGCAUCUCGAUAGGGACUCUCUGUUGGAAGCUGACAGAAUACUUCUUUCCCAUCACCUAUGCUCAGCCUGUGGUUUAUGAAAUGGUGAAAAAAUAAACGCACCUAAUACAUACUCAUUCUUAACAAGGCAAAAAAUGUGGGAAAAAAAAUAUGUAAGAAAAGGCCACUCAGAAGUUAACUUAAUUUUUGACCUCUAAAAUACCCCUCUUGUGGCAAGUCUUUGUUCAGGCAUAGUUUUGUUAUGAUUGUUAAGUAAUGAGGAAUCAAUGUGUGUGGAGUAUUAUGUAUUCACAGCUGCUAUAUUCCCUACCUUGUGUAUAGUUGCAUUUAUUUCUUUGUGCUUAGCAGUUUCUCUUCUGUAUCUUGGUUUUUGGGUUUUUUUUUUUUUUCUUUUUCCUUGCAAAACUGAAUGACUUUUUCCCAUCACUCUUUGUAGUGUUGUGAUAACGCCGUUUAAACGAAUUAGUAAAAAGAAAUUUUAAACAGAUGUGGCUUGAAAUUGCAAAUUGCCUAUCAAUUAAUAAUUGGAACUCUAGUAUUUUUAUUGGAGCUAGAAUUAUGAAACUACAGUCUUCCACUGAGAAGAUUAAAAAUCCUUCCUGCCAGCCGUAUGUACAGAGUAGACUGUUGUAAGACAAUUUGUUCGUCAUACCCAGAGCAAGCAGCUUUAGAAACUCUGAAUGGAACAUUUCCAGGGAUUUACAAAGCUUUGGCUUGAUUUUUGUGGAGUACAAUUAAUGUGUGCUGAGUAAUUUUUGAAGAGGAGUGCUGCCAAAAAUAUAAGCUAAGUAGUUCUUCCACAUACUCCGAUACAACCAUGAAGUCAAGCUAUGCCUAUUGCUGUUGAAAGAAAACUCACAUUGAAGUGAAAGAAAGUAACUUGCCUUUCAGUUAGGUAAGUCAAGUAGUAUUGUGUUAACCAAGUUGUCUCGUUAGCCUACAAGAGCUGUUUAUUUGCUAUCAAACUGCAGAAAGUCCUCAACAAGUGUCUGAAUUCACAAGAUUUGAUAUUAAAACAUAUGUGUGUUGGUUUGUGCAGUGGUGGAGCUGCUUCUGUGGGUGUCUGCUGGAUUCACCUUAUUUUUAAAUUACUUUUCUGUUCUACCUAGCAACAAAAGACUUAAAAGAAAUAAUUUCAGCCAGAUAUACUGUCUUGAAACCUUUUGAAAAAAAGAUGCCUAUUCUACAAUUUAUUCUACAGUACAUUGCACGAACCAUAGUUGACACUCAAUCUUGAAAUUAGUACAUGCACCUAUUUUUGGAAGAAAGCUGUAUUUUGUGAUCUAUUUUGAAAGACUAAUUAGAGUAAUUUUACUUAUUUUUCAAUACCUGGAUGGAUCCAGUGAAAUUGCUAGAACUUAACUGCAAACUUUUUCAGUCAAAAUUCCAAGAAAAACUGAAGCAAUUGUUUCUGCAUUUUUGGCAUGCUGUCUGCUCUCUUAGAACAAGUAUACGAUGCGUUACUCAAGAUAAAUAAUUGAGCGGUUGGGAGCGGUGCAGUCUUUUUAUUGGUACCCUUCAGAAUACUUUUGAAGAGCACUUUAUAGUGAAGUUCCUUAAACGGGAACUUUGCAUCCUUGAUCCUUCUUCCAUUUGUGAUGACAAAAUCUACUUCAGUCAAGCUCAUAAAUAGGAUGUGGUGAUGCUUGUAAUCUUUGAAUAAAUAAAUAAAUAGAGAAUUGUCCUAGUGAUUAGGUUGAGAAGCUGAUAUGAGUGCAGAAGCACUGAAGCUUUUUCUUUCUUCAGCUUUUGAGUCCAGAUCUUUCACUAGAAUAGCAACAAAGAAUCCAAGAGCCACUUACCACAGCUUAUUAGUCAGAAUCAUGUUUUCAAAGAUCAAUGUGCUUAAUGAAUGAGGUAUCAAAUGGCAUGUGCAAUUUCUGUUGAUACUUUGAACUACAUUUAGCAAUAAAUCUAUUUUACAGAUAAA